GGCAGCCUGCUCUCACUGGAUGAUCCCGGCCACAUCUUGCUGCUCUACGACAACCAGCUGCUGCGUAUCAUACAGGUACGGGAGCAGGACUCUGCCUUCUACCGCUGUCAAGCCAGCAACCCUGCAGGCAGUGCCUCCCACAACUUCACCGUCGAAGUGCUAGUGCCGCCAUCUAUUACCAACUGGCACAUCACUGAGAACUACAAGGUGAUGCUUGGUAAGAAUUUGACCAUCGAGUGUCCAGCGUCCGGCAGGCCGCCUCCCACUAUCUCCUGGUACAAGAACAACCACGUGGUGACCAAUGAAGACACCAGAAUACUGGACGCCAUUAUCUAUGACACAGAUAACGAUGAGAUGAUGAUGAGCGGGGGUCACGGUGACGACACAGCGGCCCUCAUCAGCGAACCGUUUCUUGCCGGCGGCAUAUACAUAACCGCAGACAGCUUCAGCCGACACGAAGCCUCGUCCGACUUCUACCGCUACGCCGCCGACGACUCGCGGCUGCUGCGACGCACGGGAUCUCGCGAGAGGAGCGACAUUCCCGUGCGAGCGGACGAGGAGUAUGAGGACGAGGAGUCCGUGAGCUACGCGACCAUCGGAACGCUGCCGCUGCCGACGCGGCCGACGCCGCUAGGUGCCGACGUCGUCGCAAGGGACGACCGACUGAACGUCGUCACGGCGACGGAGGAUGACUCCGGACAUUACACAUGCGUCGCCAGCAGCAUAUCCGGCGACAUUCAGAAGGACUUCUACGUACAAGUUCUAGGUAUUAUAUAA